GCCCCUGCUGCCCUGCCCUGCUGCUCACCUGCUGGCCGGGGCUCAGCCCACCCUACAAGGGUGGUUUUGGGCUGGGGCAGAAGGAAGCAAGGGGUGGAAGAAUUCAGUGGUGACUGAGCAGCUGCUGGUGUGACCGCCCCCUCCAGCCUUGCUUCCUAUGCAGGAGCCCAGUGGUGUCCCUGUCAUUUCCUCCCUCUGGUUUCAGGCCUGUUCAGGACAGUGUGGGGGAUUGGUUUCAAGGUUACAUCUCACAUUUCUUUAGCUCCAGUGGGAGAAAUCCAAUGCCCCCCCGGGCCAGCGGGCAGCUCGCUCUGGGGACACUUCCCAUGGGUGCUCUGUGGCUUGACCCUGGCAGGAGGGGCUGCAGGUGAUGGGCGGCCCCCCGGGGCCAUUGGAUGGGGUCUGGGGUACCAGGGUGUCACCUGCCCUGCUCUCUCUCUCCUGAGCCAUUCCGGAUCCUCGUGGUGUCCCUGGGCUCACCGGGAGCUGGUGGUGCACGGAGGGUGCGAGCCCCCACCCUCCCGGUGACCCCCGGACCCCGCCCGGGGAUUCGCCAGCCCCCCGAGGAUGAAGACGCUGGUCCGGCUCUUCCUAACGCUGGUGUGCGCGGCGGUGGCGGCGGUGCUGUACAUCCUGCUGUGCUACCACGCCCGCGUGCAGCCCUGCUGCUCGGCCCCGGGGCUGCGGGACAGCCCCACCGCAUCCAGCGUCCGCAGCUUCCAGGGCUACAGCCGCGUUCCCGACGGGAAGCCGCUGGAGCGAGCGCUGUGCCGCCGCUGCGCCAUCGUCUCCAGCUCGGGGCAGAUGCUGGGCUCACAGCUGGGACAGGCCAUCGACGGGCAGGAGUGUGUCCUGCGCAUGAACCAUGCCCCCACCACCGGCUAUGAGCAGGACGUGGGGGCACGCAGCACUAUCCGGGUGGUCUCACACACCAGCGUUCCGCUGCUGCUGGGGAACCAGCCCUACUUCUUCCAGCAGUCCCAAGAGACCCUUUACUUCAUCUGGGGGCCAGCAAAAAAGAUGAGCAGGGAGAAGAUGGGCUCAACCUACCAGGCACUGGUCAAGGUGACAGAGAAGUACCCCCAGCUGCAGAUCUAUACCCUGACCGAGGAGAAGAUGACAUACUGUGACGACGUCUUCCAGAACGAGACAGGGAAGAACAGGAUGAAAUCCGGCUCCUUCCUGAGCACGGGCUGGUUCACCAUGAUCCUGGCCAUGGAGCUGUGCGAGCAGAUCUGUGUCUUUGGCAUGGUCAGCGACAGCUACUGCAGGGAAAAGAACCACUCCAGCGUGCCGUACCACUACUUUGAGAAGGGCCGGCUGGACGAGUGCAAGAUGUACCUGAUGCACGAGCAAGCUCGCCGUGCCGGGCACCGCUUCAUCACCGAGAAAGCCAUCUUCUCCCGCUGGGCCAAGAGGAGGAACAUUGUCUUCAACCACCCAUCCUGGGCAGGCAGCUGGUGGAUGGACUGGGAACCCCCUGUUGGUACAUGGGGGGCAUGAGCUGGACCCAUGCAGUCCCAGCAGCUCCAAACGCCUGCCUGGAUGGACCCAGAGAGACCUGGUUUUCUGCUCUCUCUACUAGGAGGAAUAUUUAAUGCAGGAUUAGACAUGCUGCUGGACUCCAGCAGGACAUGGGGCAGAAAUGCUCAGCCCCGCCAGGGCCACAAACUGGUGCCUCUCACAGGGACAAAGCUCUACUGUGGUCCUUGCCCUACUUGUGCCCUCUGGACAGUGCUGGGUGUAGGGUGCAGGCAGCUGGAUCCAGGCUCUGCCUUCUGCUGCUUGGUGCCUGCAUCCCCUCAGCUGGGAAGCCCUGGGGCUAUGAGUUGCCUUGUCACAAGUGUCCUUGGAUUCAGACCAAAGCAAACGUGGCCAUUAAAAUUGUUUUUAAUUCA